UCGCGGGCUCGCAGCGCCGGCCGGGCCAUGUCGGCGCUGGAGUGGUUCGCUCACAAGCCCCUGGGCGGCGGUAUCUUUUGGAUCCAAGAACGCUUCUACGAGUCGGGCAACCGAGCCAACAUCUGGCUGGUGCGGGGCUCGCAGCGAGACGUGGUGAUUGACGCGGGGCUGGGGCUGCGCAGCCUGCCCGACUACCUGCGUGACGCCGGGCUGCUGGCGCCAGCUGAGGGCGCCGGACCGCGGCCGCUGCUGGCUGUGGCCACCCACGUCCACUUCGACCACUCGGGCGGGCUGCAGCACUUCGAGGAGGUGGCGGUGCACAGCGCCGAGGCGGCGGCGCUGCUCCAAGGCGACAAUUACGAGGCCGUGACCUGGCUGUCAGACCGGGAGGUGGCGCGACCGCCGCGGCCCGGCUGGAGCGCACGGCAUUUCCGCGUCCCGCCCGUCCGGCCCAGUCGCCUGCUGCACGAGGGGGAUGUGAUCAACCUCGGAGAUCGACAGCUCACUGUCAUGCACAUGCCUGGUCAUUCACGAGGCAGUAUUUGCUUACAUGACAAGGACCGGAAGAUUUUGUUCAGUGGCGAUGUGGUGUAUGAUGGAUCUAUGAUCGAUUGGCUUCCCUACAGCAGAGUCAGUGACUAUGUUGCAAGCUGCCAGCGCCUGAUGGAGUUAGUAGACAGAGGUCUUGUGGAGAAGGUACUACCUGGGCAUUUUAACAUAUUUGGAGCAGAAAGGCUGUAUCGUUUAGCUUCCAACUACAUUUCCCAAGCUGGAGUUUGUCACAAGAUUUCUACCUAUGCUAUGAGAUCCAUUGCAAGCGUAGCACUUCUUGUUGCAAAUUCAAGAAUCACUUCUCAGUGACAGUCAAUUUUGUGUAUCUGUCACGUGCUGUACAACCAAAUGGGUUAUGAAAGCAUCAAUAACAAGCAGAAGCAGUAUGUGUUAACAAAAAGAUGGCCAAUUGAUACAGGUGAGCUUAAAAAAAUUCUCCCUGUUUUUUCUGCUUUAUUCAUAUUUUUAUAAAAACUCUGUAAACUAGUAGCUUUAGCCAAAGCUAUGGUUUUUCUUUCUACUUUUUCAGAGCAUGUUUUUGCAUGUAUUGGAAUUGAAAUAUACUGUUUUAUUUUUGCUACAACUCUAGCAGAUGGAUAUAUACUAAAAUGAGAGGUUUUACAUUCAUGCCUGAAACCUUAUUGAUAUAUUACUAGACUUGUGAUUAUUCAUCACCUGCUCAGGUUUUGACCUAACAGAGCUGUUGCUAAGACCUAGCAUGUGCUAGGAGCAGUGCCAUUAGAUCAGAGCAGGGGUAACACCUAUGCAGGACUCUGUGAGCAGAAAAAGAUAAUUCUACAGCCAUUGCCACCUGUAGGUUUGGUAUCUGCUGCACCUCUCACCACUUGAAGCUUUAUCUUUGCAAAUUACUUGUCUGGCAUUUUCUUUAGAAUACACAAACACGUGGAAAUUCUAUAGACCAGACUUUCAAGCUGGAAGUCACAGAUACAUCAGUUUAUCACAAAAGCUUUUGGCGCAGACAGACUGUUGAAGCUUUCAUGUUUCCUGGUGUGGUGCAAGGAACCACUGCACCAGGAGAGAGUGAGCAAGCAGGAGCACUCUCAUUCACCAUUGGCUGGGGAACUUUUGCUUGUAGGCAUGUGAGUUAGGAAUUAGACGAUUUGUGAACUAGUGAGUUAAUGUGUUAAUUACCCUGUACAAAGUGGAUUGAGCUUUUGCUGGAUGUAUUUAUUUUUUUCUGAUCAGCUUAUAAAAAAUAUUUGGAGAGUUUGUUGUUCUGGAAAGCUGAGAGAAGUGGACUGUGACAAGCUUUAAGGCGUUUGUUUAUGCUAAAGGGUAUUUUUAUGUGAUGGUGUUGUAACUUAGUUGUUAAUCAUCUGUGUUGGGGGGGGGGGGGGGAUUGAGGCUUUAACAUGAUCUUACCAUAGUGAAGGUGCUGCAUUAAGUACCCAGUACACUUUUGAUCACAAAGUGAAUGUAGCUCAAAUUGUUUACUGUUUGCAUCUGAAGUAUGUGCUGCACAUGGUUGUUCUGAAAUGUCAAGUGUGUUUCAUUGAGUUUGUUCCAAAAAAUAUGUUGAAUAUAUUGAGAAAUGCUAAAUAGCAUUGCAAUUUGCUUGUGAAAAUUGAAUGUGUGAUAUUUAAAAGUUGCUGAGAUGAUUAGAGUUUGUGUAAUUAUUCUAACAGUUUGUGUACAUUUAACUUUUUUAAAUGGACACUGUCAGAAUUUAUUUUUUUACAUAGACAUAUAUGUUUCUAAAAAGACUGCAAAUGUUUCUCUCAAAUUCUAGUGCAGUU